CUUUUGUUUUGCAGGUAUCCUGUUCACGAUGUUGGUAUUUGGACCUGCCUGCGGGUUCAUCUUGGGAUCUUUCUGUACGAAGAUUUACGUUGAUGCUUUACUUGCAGACACAAGCAAGCUGGAAAUCACUCCAGAAGACCCGCGAUGGAUUGGAGCCUGGUGGGCGGGCUUUCUGCUUUGUGGUGCCUUACUCUUUUUCUCAUCCCUGCUGAUGUUUGGAUUUCCACAGUCCCUCUCUACACAUAUGGAUAACUCUGAAGAGAGCGAGCAAACCAUGCUACCUGACCGGGAAUAUGAGAGGCCAAAACCCAGUAAUGGAGUGCUGGGGCACUCUUCUGAGUCAGGAGAGGAAGCUUCCUGUUUUCAACAGCUCAGAGUCAUUCCAAAAGUCACAAAGCACCUGCUCUCCAACCCUGUGUUCACCUGCAUCGGUCUUGCCGCCUGCAUGGAGAUUGCUGUGGUGGCUGGCUUUGCAGCUUUCCUGGGGAAAUACCUAGAGCAGCAAUUUAACUUGACAACAUCAUCUGCCAAUCAACUGCUAGGAAUGACAGCAAUACCAUGUGCCUGCUUAGGCAUUUUCCUAGGCGGACUUCUUGUCAAGAAACUAAGUUUAUCUGCCCUUGGUGCCAUUAGAAUGGCAAUGCUGGUAAACCUAGUGUCCACAGCUUGCUAUGUGUCCUUCCUCUUCCUUGGAUGUGACACAGGGCCUGUAGCAGGAAUAACUGUUCCCUAUGGAAACAUUUCUUCUUCGGGGGCUUCAUUAGUUCACCCACCUCCCUGCAACAGUGACUGUGAUUGCCACAAUGACUCCUUCACUCCUGUUUGCGGUGCUGAUGGUAUAACCUACCUGUCUGCCUGCUAUGCUGGCUGCACAAAGAAUCUGACUGGCUGCUCAUGUGUCAUGUCUGUCCCCAUUGAGAACAGCACAGUGGUUCCUGGAAAAUGUCCCAGCCCUGGAUGCCAGGAGGCCUUUCUCACAUUCCUAUGUGUGAUGUGUGUUUGCAGCAUGAUUGGAGCUAUGGCCCAGACUCCAUCUGUCAUCAUUCUUAUAAGGGCAGUAAGUCCAGAGCUCAAGUCAUAUGCACUGGGUGUUCUGUUCCUUUUACUACGUCUAAUUGGCUUUAUCCCUCCACCGCUGAUCUUUGGAGCUGGGAUUGAUUCCACCUGCCUCUUCUGGAGCACGUUUUGUGGGGAGCAGGGAGCUUGUGCGCUAUAUGAUAAUGUUGCCUACAGAUACCUUUAUGUCAGCAUUGCUAUAACACUGAAAUCUUUAGCAUUUAUCCUGUAUACCACCACAUGGCAUUGCUUAAGAAAAAAUUAUAAGAGGUACAUCAAAAACCACGUGGGAGGGCUCACGACAAGUGAAUUUUUUGCAUCGACUUUGACCUUAGAUAACCUGGGCAGAGACACUAUCGCCCAAAAGAAAACGAACAGGACAAAAUUCAUCUAUAACCUUGAAGACCACGAAUGGUGCGAAAACAUGGAGUCUGUUUUAUAGUAGAUGGACAGACAGCUUGACCAUUGUCCAGGAAGAAUUAUUUAUUUUUUAAAGGAAUAAAUCUAUAUAAAUUAUUUCUUUCGGUCAGACCUAGGAUGGUUUACUGAGGUAUAAGUUCAUGUUUGGAAAGAACAAUGCAGUUGUUUGUUUUAAAGCCAUCAGCAUCUGAUCUUCCAGUGGGUUGGAUACAGUAUCAAGCCUUUUUGGCUUGUUUUUAAUGAAGAACCCACCAUGGGAUGUGAAACUAAACAAAGUUGGCAUGGCACCAGCCUACUACCUAGUGGCACUGGGCAGCACGCUGUUUUGAUUGAUACAAGAGCAAGUCAUUUGCUGGGUGGUGGCUGACAGCACAUUACACUUAAAAUCAGCUCUACCAUUGCUGUGAAUGGCAGAAAGAACCAGGCUUUAAGAAAUCCUAAUCAACCUAAUGACUUUUAAAAUUCAGUUUUUUUGCCAGAUUAUUGAUUGAAAUGUAACCCUGUACUGCCACCAAUGCUUGUAUCCUAUGAAUAAUCUCUGUAAUGAUGCACAAAAACUUAAUAGAGUAUGAUCUAGGCUUUCCUUUGUUUUGGAAGAUUUUAGAUUCAAUACACAGUAAUCAACAAAGAUGUCUUCCCUACAUAGGAUGCAGCAGCAUACUUUAUUGAAUAGGAGCCAUUAAUACUUAGUAUUAAUGUUAUGGUUGCUACAAUGCAUAGUAAUCAUAAUCUUUUAUUAAUGUACAUGAAAACUGUUUCUUCCACUGGUUAACUUAGGGCUUUUUCUGUACAAAUUUGUAGAUUUAUUGGCCAUUGUACUGAGUCAGCUGUUCCUCCAUUAAUGGGGAUUAAAAUCACAGUCGGGGAUAUUUAUGAGAUUGAGAACUGGUGCAUGUAGCUGUGCAAACAAAAUGUUAAACAAAAACCUUGUGACUGUUUUUCAAGUACUGUUUACAAACCUAAAUCAAAUAUUCAUUUGUUAGCUUUUAAGCAGCUUUCUAUAUAUCAAAACCCUAGCAUUUUAUAAAUGUUCCCAACUUUUAAG